AUGUCCACAAAAACUAAACAAGAAUCAUCAUCAAUGGAAGUAGAUAACAGGGAUAGCCCAUCAGGACCAUUGUCAAUACUGGAGGAAUGUGUUAGAGAAAACUGUCAAGUUUUAAUCAAUUGCAGAAAUAAUCGCAAAAUUUUAGCAAGGGUUAAAGCGUUUGAUAGACAUUUCAAUAUGAUUUUGACGGAUGUACGAGAGAUGUGGACAGUUAAAUCGAAGGGGAAUAAGAAGAAAAUGGAAACGAAAGAUAGGUUUAUCACGAGACUGUUCCUGAGAGGAGAUUCAGUGAUAGUUGUUUUAAAAAACCCAAAAUAA